CGGAGCGCGAGGCGGCGGCGGCGGCGGCGGCAGUGGAGGGGACCGCGAGGGAGCGCGAGAGCAAGCAGAGCGCGAGCCCGCGCGCCCCCCGCGCGACGUUCAGUGACGAUUUCCAAGCAGUUCUGUCCUGGUGAUUGUGCCCAGGUUAUGACGACUAAUCCCAAACCGAACAAGGCAUUAAAGGUCAAGAAGGAGGCCGGCGAGAACGCGCCGGUGCUCAGUGAUGACGAGCUGGUGAGCAUGUCGGUGCGGGAGCUGAACCAGCAUCUGCGUGGCCUCACCAAGGAGGAGGUGACACGGCUGAAGCAGCGUCGACGCACGCUCAAGAACCGCGGCUACGCAGCCAGCUGCCGCAUCAAGCGGGUGACACAGAAAGAGGAGCUGGAGCGGCAGCGCGUGGAGCUGCAACAGGAGGUGGAGAAGCUGGCCCGAGAGAACAGCAGCAUGCGGCUGGAGCUUGAUGCCCUGCGAGCCAAAUACGACGCCCUGCAGACCUUCGCCCGUACCGUGGCCCGUGGCCCUGUGGCCCCCUCCAAAGUGGCCACCACCAGCGUCAUCACCAUCGUCAAAUCGGCGGAGCUCGCCUCCCCCUCCGUGCCCUUCUCGGCUGCGUCCUAGAGCCUGGCCCAGGCGAGGGGGUGGGGGGUGGGCAGGGGCUGGUGGGGCGCGGGAUGCCCGCAGGCCAGAACACAACGCUCGUGUGCCCCCCACGGGGGCCUGUGGCUGUGUCCCGUGGCCACGAGCCGGUCGUGUGUGUCAGGAACGUGAUUGCAAGUGCGGGAUGAAGUGCGAGGCCCUGUGAAUGCGUGUGCAACACGGUCCCCCGUGCAUGUGCACAUGAGCACAUGGAAACUCACAUGUGCUCACCCACACGCCCACACGCACUCACACACGCGUACUCUCAUACAUAUGCUCACACACACAACACAACCACACGCUCACAGACACAUGCACACACACAUGCACACAUGUACACACACACACAUGCCCCUGACCCUUCUGGACCCUGUCGUCAUUUCUCCCUGGAAGAUGCAUCUUUUUGGGGUCUCUCUGGUGCCCAAGGUCCCUGGGAUGUGCAAGCGUCUUUGGGCGUGAGACACAGGGCUCGGUCUUCCUCCCACGAGCGCCUGAGACACGCUCAGUCCGUCUGUCUCCCCUGCAAUGCCCCAGCCCCAGGCAGGAAACCCCUCCCUGGCCUGCUCAGUGCCCUGGCCUCCCUGCGGAGCGUGGGACAGCGCAUUCUUCCUGGCGCUCCUGAGACGCACUCACAGCCCUGCUGUAUCCAGACAGCUCCUGGCCGCAAAAGGUAGAUGUGGACUGGAGUCCUUGAUGGGGUGGGGGUUGUGUGUGUGUGCACACAUGUGCUAGGUGCAUGCCUGUGUGAGCAUGGGCUGCGUGUAUGUGCAUGUGUGUAUGUGCCCUGUACACUCGUGUUCGUGAUCUGCCUGCCAUCACCCAGCGGUGGAAGGUGGGCCUUGGAGGAGCCGCUUGUACGGAAGGUCUUUCAGGGUGAGGUUCCUGGUUGGGUGUGGCAGAGGGAGUCGUAGUGCACCGUGAGGCUGCCCCUCUGUGCUCUGGUGGCCCCGGGAGAGGUUGGAGUGCCCUCAGCAGUUGGUCCUAAGCAGAUAGAUCUCUGGCCUCGAGCCCCUCUGUGAGUGAGGACAUGAGGCUAAGCCAUGGGAGGGCUUUCCGGGGAUGGGCAGGCUGCUGCAGGUCCAGGACAAGGAGAAUGGUCCAGAGGAUGCUGGGGAGGGUGAGGAGAGGCUGUUCCUUGUGGAGUCUUCAUUGGCCGGUGACACUUGUGCCUGUGGGUUUGGGUGGGGGGCCAAUCAGUGAGGGCCAGCUCCCAGAGAAGAGGGUGUAGAGACGACGCGGGGCGGUGACCAUGGACAGAUGCACUGCAUGGAGGGUUCAAGGAAGUGGAGGAGGAGGGUGUGGGGAGAGUGAGGAGGACCUGGGGAUGUUGCCAGGAAGCCCCAGCAGGUGUGACCUUGGGUUCUAGACCGCUGAGAAAAUGGAGGACUCUGCAACUUGGUGCUUAAUCGUUGCUGAAGCCUUGAACUCACGCUUUCUUCCUGGGGCUCCGCAGCCUCGACGACAAGUUUGGGGACACUUCCUGGGCUUCCUUUCCCGGGACCAGUGGGAGCGCUCUGGAGGGCCCCCAGCGCUUCCAUACUUUCUGACUGGUGCUGCCUGGCAAGGUGGGAAGGAAAGAUGCCAGUUGGGGAGGCACCCCCUGACCUGUGGGCAGUGGGGCUAGGGCAGUGGGUGGGGGUGAGUCUCAUGCAGGCCAUAAGCCACCACAGAAUGAGCAGAAGGGACCCUGUGCCUGGACGCCUUAGCUCCUCCCUCACCUUAGCCAGGCCCCUCUGCCACCACCACCAAAUAAGACCAAACAAGACCCUCGAAAGUGGCCAGGCUCCUGCGAGGGGUGUCCAGCCCCCUAAAGAGGAGGGCAGGGGGGAUGGCCCCCGGGGCUGUGUCAGUGUCCAUCCUGGGAAAGUCUCCAGGGCCCCACAGUGGACCACACCGACCUCCAGUCCUGGGCGAGGGCCUGAGGCCAUGGCCAGUGCAAGGGUGGGGGCGCUGGAUUCCUGCAGAGCGAAAGGCCUGGGGGGUUAAAAAAACAAAGCUGUUGAUACCAUAGCCGUGGUAGGUAAUCCAUAUUGGAUAUCAGUAACGACCAUGGGAAAUAUUUAAAGAGAGAAAAAAAGAAAUAUAUAUAUAUAUAAAAAUUAUAUACACAUUUUAUCGUACAGAUUUUUCGUAACAACUUUUUUUCAAGUUUGAUACUGUAAAUCUUUAUUGGAGCAGAGCUGGCUUUUUAAGCAGGGGUGGGGGGUUGGACGUCUUGCUCCUCCCUGGCCUCCCACCUGCCCUUCCCAGUGGGGGCCACCACCUCCCAGCAUCUGGUCAGCUGGCUGCCCCAGCGGGGGCCUCCCCGAGGCGGCUGUAGCGGGUGCAAACUCUCCUGUCCACCCUGGGCUUCUAGGUGCAUGCAGUCCUCAGUCGGGGGUGGGGGGCAGGGAGCGAUGAGAGUUGGUUCUUGGAGGUCACUGCCCCCUUCCUGGUUUGGGUGCUGGAGCUGGAGAGGGAUCCGGAUGUCUCCAAGCACGGAGUGGAGGGAGCUGCCAUCGCCACCAGGGGGCGCCUGGCCCCCAGGCUGCCACCAGGGGGAGUGGUGUGGGGGAGAAGGGUGCAGACUGUACCCCAGGACCUGUUGCUCCCGCCAGGAAAGAAGCCAGUAGCAUCUUGUGCUUUUCCUUCCAAUCAUUUUAGAUUUCAUUGUCACGAUUUUAAUAUAUGGUUUUUUUUUUUUUUUAACUUAAGAACAAAGGCAACAGCCUUUUUGUAAGGUGGGUUUGUUCCCCUUCGUCUCUCCUGCUUCCGACUUCCGGGUCCUCUUCACAAAGGCAGACCCUUGCUUCCUAAAAGAUAAUAGGGCUCUCCCACGCACCAACUCCUCGGCACCUGUUCCUUCUGGCCGCUGUGGCUGCUACGUAAUUUCAUUUCAAUAUUUAUUUUUGUGCUGCCUUUUGUUAUAAGUUAUUGCGAGCAGACCUCGUGCUGGGCCUGGUCUGCUGGGCCCCCAGACUCACCACCACCACCUAAUUUAUUGCUGUACGUCUGCCGCCGUGAUUGCUUUUGUACCUUUGCAAUAAAGCAUUCUGGUUUCA